AUGUCACAAGUGUCGCCAGCGUCGCCGACGCCGCCGGCGGCCGUGAGCCAGUCGUCGUCCGACGAGGAGCCGGAGAUUGAUGUGAUCUCGAGCAGCGACGAGUCGGAGCCUAUUUAUAUUCCUCGCGAGAAAGAGCCCGUCGUCAUUCGGGGAAUCGGCAACAUCACUGUGUAAGUAUCCGAAUUCGUGAAAAUGGGACGGACUAUUGCGAGGGUAUUGCACGGUUUAUUGCGUUCCCAGCAAUUUAGGUUUACAAGACUCAACUCGACAUGAAAACAGCAAUGAAAAAUACAAAAAAUGAACCUCUCGCACCCAAAGCGAGAAUCAUACCACUAGAUCAAUUCCGCGGCCGAUGCAUCGGAAUUAUUCAGGUGACGGUGCGUUGAUCAUAUACACAGCAUUUUCUCGCUACCCACACAAAAACAGCUGCCUGCGCGGUAACUUUUCUUCCGCGUCUCUUUCCGCGCGGCAGCGUGCGUCUUCAUCGAAUUAGAGAUAUAGAAGCUUUGUACUAAGCUUCGGCCACUGGCCGAAUGGUCUAGUGGUUCAAUGUUCGGUCCAUUCUUUUUACUUUCAAUAGGGUUGCUCAUGUGUAAAUUAAAAACCCAAAAUUCCUGUUCUUUAGAUUUGGUAUGAACUCUCGCUUCAACACGGAAUAUCCGCCCGAACUGACUGGCUACAUUGCUCCAGAAGAGCUCUCCGCCACUCUUUCCCGUGUGAAUGCGGUUCUGAAGCGGCACGUACAGACCUCGAGUCGCUGGCUUCUCUGCGGCCUCGCCUUCUGUUGCUGCUCACUGGGAUGCUCCAUGUGGCCGGUGCUUUGUUUGAACAGACGGGUAAGCGAUCUGAUUUCAACCGAACUUUCCUAUAAAACACCUUGCAGACAGUGCUGGCUCUUGAAAAGUGUCUGGACCACGAAAAUGUCAGUCUGUAUCACAAAUUGGGACUCCACUGGGUGCUCGCGCGCCGUCCCACCGAACCAUCCGACCGGCUCACCGAGUAUGUGCUCGAGCUGAGGAUCAUGCCGAAAGCUGCUCUCAAUCUGCCCGACUGA